UUUUUUUGUGGUUCUCUUCAGUUUGCCACUCACUUCCUCAGUGCAUGAAGACUGUGGGUAUGAUGACAGUGCUGCUUUGUUAUUUCUGUACAGUCUGACAGACAUGCUGGAUGUAAUAACUUCAAAAUAACUUGGUUUAGUUACACAAAUCUGCAGGCAAGCAGAGGGGCAAGAUUCAACGUGUUUGAAAGUGUAAAAAAAAAAGAAGAAGAAUCAGAUCAGCAGAGGAAGGAGGAAGUAAAGAGAAGAAUAGGGGCUGACUGGAAAGAAUGUACUCUUAGAAUUCACUGUGUGUUUUGUGUUUUGUUUGUUUGUGUGUGUGCGUGUGAAUGAGAGAAUGUGUGUGAGUGUGUCUCUGUGUGUGUAACCUUUUGUCUAAAAUUGAAGAAAUGUCUCUGAGACUACCUCGCAACUGGGACUUCAGCACCUUCAGAGCUGAAACUGCCAAGAUAGCUCGCUCCAAGAGUGUUAUGCCCGGGGAAGGGAGCCCUGGAUCCACUCACACUGGUUUUAAGAGAUCCAUGGAGAAACCUCUGAAAACAGGCUGGCUGAAGAAGCAGAGAUCCAUUGUGAAGAACUGGCAGCUGCGCUUCUUUGUGCUGAGAGGAAAUGUUCUCACAUACCAUAAGGACGACAGAGAGAGCGCUGUCCAGGGAACCAUACCUUUGUUCUCAUGCCAAGUUAAUGAGCUGCCAUCAAAUGCAGAUGAUAAAUUCCUGUUUGAGAUUAUCCCAGGUAGCAGUACAGAUCGGGAGCGAGAUACCUAUGUUCUCAUGGCGACCAGUCAGAGCGAGAUGGAAGAAUGGGUGCGCUCCAUCCGCAAGGCCAUUGGAUCACGGUCCAACGGAGUAUUUGGAAAGAGCCUUUCAGACAUCAUGGUGUAUGAGAAGAAAUUUGGGCCUCAUCUGGUGCCCAUCCUGGUGGAAAAGUGUGCUGAAUUCAUCAGAGAGCAUGGUCUGAAUGAGGAGGGCAUCUUUCGCCUGCCAGGACAGGACAACCAGGUCAAGCAGUUCAGAGAGGCUUUUGAUGCUGGAGAGAGACCCUCUUUCCCCAGUGACACUGAUGUCCACACGGUGGGGUCCUUACUCAAGUUGUACCUCAGAGAGCUUCCUGAACCUGUUGUGCCGUGGAGUCAGUAUCAGGACUUCCUUGACAGCACUCUGAUGCUGGAUGCCGCCACUGCAUUUGGCAAAGAAAAGCUGGAGAAACAAAUCAGCCUUCUGCCAAAAGUGAACUACAACCUCCUUAGUUACAUCUGCAGAUUCCUUUUUGAGGUCCAACAAAACUCAAAGGUGAAUAAGAUGAGUGUUGAGAAUCUGGCUACAGUGAUGGGAGUGAACCUGUUCAAACCGCAAGUGGAGGACGCCAUCAGUAUGAUGAAGGGAACUCCCAUGAUACAGAAGGUAAUGACGGUUAUGAUCAGACACCAUGAGCUGCUUUUCCCACCCUCCAAAGAUAGGCUACCGUCUCCUCUUCCCAGCAAGAAAAACAAGAGCAAGAAGACCAGUAACCCUCGCAGUUUUGUGGGCUGGGAGUCUGCAGAGUGUGAGGCAUCCUCCCUGUCUGAAUCUCCUGAGGAAGAGGAAGUAGACACACCUGAGGAACAGAAGAGGGACGAGUGGUCAUCUGAAGCAGGUUCAGAAGACGCACCUCUUUCUCCUUCCUCUGCAUUUUCGCCCACGACGGACCCGUGGCCUGACAGUCCCAGAAAGAGGACGCAAACUCUACCCAGCUUGGGCUGUCCGGCAGCGGGAAGAACAGGCCGUGAGCCUGGUUGGGAACGCUGGAGCAGGUUCCAGGAGAGCUUUAACGAGAAUGAAGAGAAAACGUUCUCAGAGGACAUAUUUAAGUUACUCGACCUGCAGAAAGUGACACUAUUUUCUCCAACGCAGAAAAGUGAACAGGAAAAAGUGGAAGGACAAACGGAGACAGAGGACACAAGCUUGUAUAAGACAGGUAGCGAUGUUGUAACCAAACAGAUAGAUGCUCCAAAAACACAGGCACAGAGCACAGCGCCCUUGCCCAAACCUCAGCCGAGAAAUGAUGUGAGUACGGCAGCUUUGAGCAGAGAGAAACCAGCAGCACCUGCGCUACAGAAAAGCAAUGAAACACAGCCAGGAAACACAGACUCAACAAACAUCAUCAACAGUCUCCAGCAGAAAAACAAAGAGCUGAGCGCUACAGUGGCAGAGUUGCAGGCAGCACUAGAGGCAGAGCGACGCCGCAAAGCUGCAUUAGAGAUCUUACUGCGCAACGCAGAGCGCAGCAGAGAUGAAGCUCUCACACGCAAUGAGCAGCUGAACAGAGAGAUUCAGGAGUUCCUCAACAGACCGACUGCUGGACCGUCUUAGUGACACCAUCAAACAAACAAAGCUCAAGCUUAGUCCUGUCUAGCUCCUCACAGGAGUACAAUACGAGCAAAAUUGUGUUUUACACCUUGAACUGCUCGAAUACUGUCUUCAAAAUAAGACCAGUGGUAAUGUCCAUCUCUCAGUUUCUGUCCAUGAUAUGACAGAAGUAAAACUGCUACAAUGUCUGACACCUUAUGUACAGAAAUUACAGAUUUUAUCUAGUUAUUGGGUUUCACAUUGGGAUUGGGAUCUGUAACAAGACCAGAUGUGAACUUUGAAGUGAUGCAGUAUUGGACUGAACGAUUUAGAGAUUUAUAAAGACUAUUUAAUUAUUUUUGUGGAAAUGUUCAUAGUAUUUUCUAUUAUUGAUCUCAAACAACCCCCCCCCCCCCCCCCCAAAAAAAAGAAAAAAAAAUCAGGCUGAUCAAAUUUGGUUUUAGAGAGGCUGGAAGACCAUCUUAAACCUAUUAUCCAGCUAACAGGCAAUGUUAUCAGAACUUUGGCUAACAUUCAGGUUCUCUCAAAUUUAUGAACAAACAUUCUUCCAGUAACGUUAAUAGAACGUUAGUUCAAAGUUAUUAGGUCUUUCAUAACAUUAUCAAAACAUUAGCAUAAAAGUGUUAUUUAUACAUAAUUCGUGGAACAUUUUUCCUGGAAAAAUUUCCAUUAAUGUUUACUCGAAUGUUCACAUAAACAAGAAAAAAUGUUUUUAAAACAUUUUUAAAACUGGACGUUUUGAACGUUCUGAGAACAUUCAGAAAUAAAAGUUUUUAUAACUUAAUUUGAACAUUAGCAAAAAGUUCUUAGAACAUAUUUUUGUUAGCUGGGUAAGGCCAGAAAAAGCAUCUUUGGUUUAAGCCAUUUUUUUUCAACAGGGAGAAGUCUUGUCCACCUUUAAUUAUUAAUAAUAAAUGAAAGAACUAUUGUGGCAGAGUUUUAAAAUAGUUAUUUAUGUGAUCGCUAGACUGCAUUAGACUCUGUUAGAGUCUGUGAACAAUUUGGUGAAAAGCACCAAAUGUGGAUUACUGUCAGUAAAUAAACAGUUUUAUCUGGC